GUUUUUGAGCAGAUGGCGCUAGUAUCGUUAAAAAAAAUCGUUACGUCAAACGUCAGAAAAUUUUCUCAAAAGUAGUAAAUAAAUGUCGUGUGAUAUUUAGUACAAGUAAACAUGGCUAGUGCUUUGAAGUUAUAUUCUGUAGCCCGACCAGUGUCCUGCUCUGUUUUGGCUAGAAUUUGUGGCCAGAAUCGCUUCCAGAGCACGUCAAAGGGCGAAUACUACAAUGUCAGUCCGGAAGAGCCCGGAACGAGUUUGUCUGAUGUUACAGAUAGGGCCGCCCAGAAGGUUUUCUUGACUGAACUAGUGCGAGGGUUCGGCGUCACCUUGGCCCACAUCUUCACAGAGCCCGCCACAAUCAACUACCCCUUUGAGAAAGGGCCUCUGAGUCCCCGUUUCCGAGGAGAGCACGCCCUUCGGCGCUAUCCCUCUGGCGAAGAAAGAUGCAUUGCUUGCAAACUGUGUGAAGCGAUUUGUCCUGCACAAGCCAUCACAAUCGAAGCUGAAGAACGCGAGGACGGUUCUAGGAGGACCACCCGCUACGACAUUGACAUGACCAAGUGCAUUUACUGCGGUUUCUGCCAAGAAGCCUGUCCAGUAGAUGCGAUCGUCGAAGGGCCGAAUUUCGAAUUUUCGACUGAAACGCACGAAGAGUUGUUGUACAAUAAGGAGAAGUUGUUGAAUAAUGGUGAUAAGUGGGAGUCAGAGAUUGCUGCGAAUAUUCACGCCGAUCAUUUGUACCGCUGAAGCGGGAGUUGUAUUUAGUCAAAAUAAAGAGUAAUUUAGAAA